GGGACACUGAGGCCGAGCAGCUGAGCACACAAGAGACAGGACAAACGAAGAGACUGCACUACAACUGGGAACAAUGGAGACGGAUAAGAAGCUCGGGACGUCCAGUGAGUCGACAACGGACAGGGAUCUGUCUGAACAAAUAAAAACAGCGACGAAGGAGAGUCACGUCAGAGCGGAGAACACGGAGCUGAUGCUGAGCUUCCAGAGAGGACAGGUCACGUUACCACAGUUUAAGCUGCUCCUGUGCUCCCUGCAUGAAAUCUACACGGCUCUGGAGGAAGAAAUGGAUCGAAACCGCGACCAUCCCGCCGUCGCUCCCAUUUACUUCCCUCAGGAACUGUCCCGUCUGGAGUCGAUCGAGAAGGAUUUGGCGUUUUUCUACGGACCCGAGUGGAGAGAGCAGAUCCGAACUCCCGCCGCGACGAAGAGAUACGCCCACAGACUCAGACAGAUCGGGAGAGAAAACCCCGAGUUGUUGGUGGCCCACGCUUACACUCGGUACCUCGGCGACUUGUCCGGGGGGCAGGUGCUCGGUCGGAUUGCGCAGAAGUCGAUGGGGCUCAAAGGUUCUGAAGGCCUCUCGUUCUUCGCUUUCCCCGGAGUGUCCAGCCCCAACCUGUUCAAGCAGCUGUACCGCAGUCGCAUGAACAGCAUCGAGCUCGCGCAGGAGGAGCGGGAGAGCGUCCUGCAGGAGGCCGCCACCGCGUUCGAGUUAAACAUCCAGGUGUUUGACGGUUUACAAUCCAUGCUAAGUCAACCCCAAGACGAGGGUCGAAGGUCAGAGUCGACUCGGGCGAAGCAAACGCAGCCGUCCGUCGUCAGCGUUUUCCCGCUCUUCCGGAUGUUUGUGGGUUUCUUCUUGGCGUUGGUCACUGUCACGAUGGGAGUUUAUGCCUUUUAGAUUUCGCCCUCGUGUCGUUUUGUGUCUGUAAAUCUAUGCACCUGUUUAAAAAUGUAAAUGUUUUUGUAAAAUAUCACUUUUGUAACGAAUGAAAACCACGUGCAAUAUGUUCCUUGUGCAAUACGAUGUGAAUAUUCAAUUAAAGUGUUUUUUCAGACUCUUUGCAAACUCUGUGUAAGUGUAAAUAACUGAACAUAAAUGCAAAAAGAAACAUUUGUCUGUAGGAUUUUAGUGUUUUAUAGAAUUUAAUUAAAAAACUAUUGCCUUUUUAUCGUUCUCUGCCUCGUGUUCUGUUCAAACUGAGAGUAAUUGCAUUUAGAAACAUCUGAGUUAAUGUAAAAGUUAAAUAUGUUUUGUUCUUCAGGCAACAAAACUGUCCUUCUGUCCUUCCUUUUUGUCAUUUCCUUUAAAUAAAACUGUCACAGGAUCAGGCC